AUGGCUGGUGAGGUGGAUCCCCCCGUGACAGAAAGUGUUUUUGCGCAGGCAGUGUUGGCUGCAGCCCCACAUGGUGGUAGCUGCGAAGUGCUGCGCCUGGCAGAGGGCAAACUUUGGACCAGUGGAGCAGAUGGGCGACUUGCAUGUAGUAGCCACGAAGGAGACACCUUAAGCCGAAACUGGGCGCAAAAAAUCUCGAAGAGAUUGGACUCACCCACCGCGGCGAUCUCUCUUGAUGGCCGCCUUCUAGCUGUGGCAGAAGAGACUCAAGCGGGCUUUCAGGUCUGGGUGCACGAGCUGGACGCUAAAGGCAGAAUGUCAUUGCAAAAGCCAAGGAAUGCCGGCAGGUUCACAUUGAAUAUCAGACAUUUAUCCUGGCACCAGACUUUGCCCUACUUGUGCAUCAGCACUGAUGAUGGGAAGCUGGAUGUUUGGUGGGAAGAAUCCCAAGGGAGCAGUACGACAGCGUCCCGGCGCCAACUUCUCAAAGGCCUGGAGGGAGGAGUCCGUUGCUUGGCCGAGUUUCACAAAGUUUGGCGAAGCAGAAUAGGAACUUUGGCAGAACACCUGGGAUUGAGUCAGAAGAAGCAGUGA